AUGUUAGAAAAAAAGUUUGCUGACAUUGACAAGAAAUUUGAGAAUGUUUUAAAUAAGAACAAGAGAAAGUUAGAAAAUGCUCAGAUAAAGCCUAUACAUGACAAGUUCUUAUUUGCUCAGAAUGGUAUAACAGGUCUAAUUGCACCACCUGGGUCGGGUAAGACUUUCACUUAUCUUAAAAUGGCUGCACAACAACAAGAACUAGAUGAGAAGAACCCAUUCUAUGAGUUAGUAGUAAUUUGUAGUACUUCUGGUCAAUUUGACCAAACCGUCAAUUCGUUCAAAGAUAUUAUAAAGAAGUCUAAGUUAGUAUGUAUAAAGGAUACUGAGUUGUUAGAUUGGAUAAAGAAGUACCAAAGAAGA